AUGGCAUCUUCGUCCUCCAGUAGUGGCACCAUUUUGUCUAGCAUUGGCGUUGACGUUGGUGUCCUUUGCAGCUUCGGCUUUGUCCUCUUUCACUCAUUGCCAUUGCAAAAUCAAUGGAAAUGUAUAAUCGUCCUCUUAUUCAUUUGGAAACUGACACUAAAGCUAAUGCACAUAUUGUCUAUUUUGAAGACAUUUGUUGUUAAUAUGACUGAGAGUUUGCCUAAAGGGGAUCCCGGGAGUUUUGUGAUUCCUUGUACCAUUGGAGACACCACUAUGCAGAUGCCUUUGUGUGAUCUUGGAGCUAGCAUCAACCUUAUGCCAUUAUUAUUGAUAAGGAGGCUCCAAAUUGAUGAAGUAAAGCCUACCUUUAUCUGUCUCCAACUUGCUGACCGUUCUAUCAGGUACCCCUUUGGAGUGGUGGAGAAUCUACUUGUGAAAGUAGGGUCUUUUAUCUUCCCUGCUGACUUUGUGAUAUUGGAUAUAAAAGAGGACAAGAAUCCAUCCAUCAUCCUUGGAAGACCCUUCUUAGCCACAGGAAGAGCCCUUAUAGAUGUUCAGAAGGGUGAAGUAACUCUAAGGGUCAAUGAAGAGGAGAUUGUGCUAAAUGUUUUAGAGGCUUUGCGACAUCCUGAUGAUCCUGAAGGAUGUAUGAGAAUUGAUAUCGUUGAACCUCUAGUUGAAGAAGUGUUUGAAACUGACAAGCUUGAAGAUGCUCUAGAGUCCUCCCCUAAAGACACUUGGCUUGAAAUUGAUGGAUCAGCACAUCAAAGGGAGAAGCUUUGCACACCUAGUAGUGAGGAAGGACCUCCUAAGCUCGAUUUGAAGUCUUUGCCUCCAUCCUUGAAGUAUAUAUUCCUAGGUGACAAAGACACUUAUCCAGUAAUCAUAAUUCCUCCCUGA